AAAAAUCCAAGAAUAAGAAAUAAUGAUGGAAACCUCAGAGAAAAACGAAGGUAUCGUUUUGGAUGAUGCACCCCCUCCCCCUCCGACCUCAGCUCCCCCCCUUGACGACACUCCGCCUGCAAAACCAAAAAAAUCCGCUCGUAGAAGCGUUUCCCCUUCAAUCAAAGAAAACGACGGGGGUAAAGAAAACGGCGCGUUUAAAGAAAAUGUAGGCGCGACCAAAGAAAACAUAGCUGUCAGAGAGAUAUUAGGGGUAUCUUCGCCAAAAAAAGUUCUUGCCAACGGGUCCAGCCAAGAUGACGAAGAUGGUAAACACGACACCGGUGUUGGUUCCGGUGGUGUAACCAGAAUUGUGGAUGAGAUCGAGAAGAUCAAUAGUCUCCCUGGGGAACGGUCCAGAAAUGCCGGAGUCUCCCCUUCUCGCCAUCUUGAUGAAAUCGAUCUUAACGAAGAAACACCUUCGGGAGAAAACGACCGGACCCCUGCAAAACCUGGAUCACUCACCAAGUUCGAGAAGUCUGUUCUUCGUGAACUUCCCGUUGAUGUUGACAUGGGCAACGAGGAGGUACAGAACCAGAAAAACUUACGUCGUCGGCGAGAUUUGAACAGGAACAAUUCCAGGACCGAAGAAAACGGUGCAGAAAACGGAGGGUUCAGCAGUGGCGGGGAGGACUCGCCUAGAAAGUCGCGUUCUACAGUAAAGCGGACACCCACUAUGGAGUUCAAGAAGCAAUGCAGCAAAAUUGUUCGCAUCAGGACCAAGAUCCUGCAGAACCUUGGCAAGGCAGACAAGACGACAGACGAAACAUUUGCAGACUACGAAGCAAACUUCAACCGCCAGCAGAUCAACGCGAACAGACUGCACAAGGAGGUGUCCAACUACCUGCGCUGUGCCAGAGCGCUACACGGGGCUAGCAAGGCGCUCUACGAGACCCUAGCCGAUGUCUACGAGACGGACUGGGCUGGACAGGAGCUGGUCUACGCCCAGGCCCAGAACAGCGACAUGCUCUGGACGGACUUUGUGCACAGACUCCAGGAUCAGACCCUAGCACCGCUCACUGCCUACCAGAUACACUUCCCCGAGAUCAGAAAGAAGAUCGAGAAGCGCGGUCGCAAGUUGGUGGACUACGACAGCCAGCGUCACCAGCUGGAGGCCCUGCAGCGCUCGGGACGCCGGGACGACUACAAGCUGGCCCGCUGCCGGGACCAGCUGGAGCUGGCCCGCACCACCUACCAUGCUCUUAAUAAGGAGCUUUACGAGGAGCUGCCCGGCGUGUACGACGAGCGCGUGGGGCGCACGGCCGAGGCCCUGCAGACGCUCUACGCCGCUGAGGCCACCUUCAUGCGGGAGAGUGCUAAGGUUGCCCAGGAAAUGGAAAGUAUCAGCGAGAAGCUGGUAGCUGAGGCCAGGACUGGCAAGUACAACACUACCAGAGGCACCCCGAGCACCCCACGACCUGUCAGCACCGCCUCAGUACCUACCAGCGCACCUACCAACAAGCCCCAAUGGUUCGUGGAUGAACCAUCUGUAACCACCACCACCACCACCACCACUGCGAUGUCACCACGCAAUGAUGACGACUGUCAAGAUGAUGAUGAUAUAUCACCACCUAAUGAUACCCCUGAACACUCGCGAGAAGACAGGCUGGGGAGGGAGGAGGUGGGGAGGCCCUACGAGGAGAUCCAGUUCGACGACGCCCCUGGGGCGAAGGUGAACGGCGGCGCCCCUCCUGCGGGCGUCGUGGGCACGCGGGUGCCUCCUGAUAACAAAACUGAUGAAGUGUACGAUAUUCCAGUCGGCGCCACCACCCAGGGGCUGCCGGCCGGGGUGCUGUACCAGGUGCGCACGACCUACAAGUACGACAAGGAGGACGUGGACGAGCUCUCCUUCGACGUGGGCGAGAUCAUCAACGUAGUCGAGUACGAGGACCCUGAGGAACAGGAGGAGGGGUGGCUGUGUGGCUACAAGGUGGCCAACAACGAGAAGGGGCUCUUCCCUGCCAACUUUACCCGCCCUCUGUAAUAAUGCCCUCUGCAACACCGCCCUCUGCAACACCGCCCUCUGCAACACCGCCCUCUGCAACACCGCCCUCUGCAACACCGCCCUCUGCAACACUGCUCUGCGUGCAAUAUUGGGUCUGGGGGACAGAUCUAACCCAGCCCUGUAGCUUUGGAUGUUAAUUAAUGCGAUCAAAAAGGAAUUGUCCAACGGACAUAACUGUCACCGGGAGGGGAGGGAGGGUAGGGAUUGCCAUGCCAAAAUAUUGUGACUGGAAUAUUGGUUGGUGAGAAAGUAGGUUGGUUAAGUGACAUGGAAGUGGGUAGGUCAGGUUAUGAGGGGGUGUUUCGGUUUAGUGAUGAAGCAGUGGACCGAAAGAAUAGGUAACCUAUUCUUUCCCCAACCCAACCUUCGCCGCCCCCAACAUGGCGGCGUGUUGUGUCAGAACAGAGGUUCUGAUCCACUUGCAGGAGCAGGUCAUGAAGCCGGUGUCACGUUUGUGAAAAGGGGGGAUCUGUCUGGAGUGGUGCACGUAUUUGGAGUGGGGCACUCCAUUUGAGUGGGGCACCCAAUUUGAGUGGUAUGGUGAUGGGUUCGAUUGGAGUUGGAUUUGGGUACUCAGUUUGAGUGUGUCACAUAAUUUGAGUGGUUUGAUGAUGGGUUCGAUUAGGGGAUUGAUGGAUGGGGGUUGAAGCAUGCGAACACUGCAAUCAAAUUCGACAGAUUAAUUCAACAGACAUCAACUUUGAAGACAACCACAGAUGAAUCCCUGGCACGUAGAAAAUAAUUUAAACGACAUCUGCGACUCUUUCAAUUAACGUUUUAAAGAUAUUUUAAAUUAUUCCCUAUUAUGUGAAAACUUUUUUGUUGCAUACUAUACACGAAGGAUACUGUAAAACGGGGUGACUUCCCGAACAAAAUUCGGGGACUGACUAAGCUUCGCCGAAGAGUCGCUACACUCGGC